UGCAACAAAUGGGUGGAGAUGUCAGCAAAUGUGAAAACCCUUGUGUUGCUGGGACAUACGGACAUCGCUGUGCAGAGACGUGUAACGAGGGAUGUAAACCUGAACACUGCAACCGCGUCACCGGUGACUGUGACUCCAAAUGUAAAGAUGGAUGGAGAGGUCGGCAAUGUCUGAAAAAAUGCAGGAAAGGGCAGUAUGGACCAAGUUGUAACAACCGGUGCCGCAGUCAAUGUAGCAGAUGCCACCAUGUCACAGGGAACUGUGCCGGUAACUGCCGUUCUGGGUGGCAUGGGGAAAACUGCUCUUCACGAUGUCCACCAGGCACAUAUGGCCAGGAUUGCAGGAAUCAGUGUCAUGAAGGAUGUCAGCCUGAGAAAUGCGACUCAGACAAUGGACAUUGUGGAACUUCCUGUAUAGCCGGAUGGACUGGAGAAAACUGUGUUGAUGUCUGUUCCCCUGCGACAUACGGAGAGAACUGUCUGCUGGACUGCUCCAUGGGAUGUGUCAACCAGACUUGUGACAGAACCACUGGGCGUUGUGACGUGUGUCUAGAUGGAUGGGAACACGAGGACCUGAACAUAACGAGAUGCGACAAAGAGUGCGACAAUGGAAGGUAUGGCGAAAAUUGUAAGGAAGAUUGCAGCAUCCACUGUAUCAAUGCCACGUGUCACCAUGUGAAUGGCUCCUGUACUCAUGGCUGUCUGAACGGAAGAAGUGGCGAGUAUUGUUCAGUUUUUGAAGCCGGCCCCCAGAAUGUAAAUCUCAUCGUUGGACUCAUUCUCUUUCUAAUCGUCAUGAUCGCACUUGUCAUGUGUGUUGUUUUCUUUCGAGAGCCGUUGAGAAGAUUUAGGGACAAAAAGAUUGAAGAAAGGAGUGCUAACGGGAUGAACCUACCUAUGGCAGCCCGUGGAGGCCAAGAUGCAUCGGAACAGGUGGCCGCCAACGACGAAGACGAGGCUAUCUAUGUCAAUGUCCCGAGUAGUGUUCCAGUGGCAGUCAGUGCCUUCAAGGAAUUCGUUGCCAGGAAGAAAGCCACAAAGGAAAUCUUGGUGAAAGAGUAUGCUGAACUCCCUAAAGGCCUGACGGCUAUUCACGACAAAGCAGUGACGCAAGUGAACAGCCCGAAGAAUAGAUUUAAAGGAAUUUACCCGUAUAACCACUCUCUUGUAGUUCUGAAAGGGAAUGGUGGCAGUAGUGGCUACAUAAACGCCAGCUACAUCGAUGGACGAACAAGGGGGAAACAGUACAUCGCAACACAGGGUCCUCUGCCUAACACUGUUGUGGACUUCUGGAAGAUGAUUUGGCAAGAACAGGCUCCUGUCAUUGUCAUGCUGGCCAAUAUCACGGAAGAUGGGAGGAGACGCUGUGAGCCGUACUGGCCCAAUGAACAAGGAGAGGACACCAAGACGUUCGGCCCCUGGAAGAUUACAGUGGCUGACUCCUGUCCUCUGGCUGACUUCACCAUCAGAACACUCACGAUAAAGAAGGGAGGCAUGCAGAGGACGGUGAAACAUGUUCACUACAUGGUGUGGCCUGACAAGGAUGUGCCAGAAAACACCAUGUCUCUGGUGGAGCUCAGGAACAAAGUCAGGACCUUCUGUGACUUCGCCCAAGGACCCAUGGUCGUACACUGCAGUGCUGGUGUGGGCAGAACAGGAACCUUGAUUGCUCUGGACUCCCUGAUAGAAGACGCAGAGACCCGAAACAUGGUUGACAUCUACGGCUGUGUCUGGCGACUCAGGAACUGCAGAGUCAGUAUGGUACAGACACAGUCCCAGUAUGUGUUCCUCCAUGACUGCCUCCUGGACGCUCUGUGCCAUACAGUCCUCUCCACACCCGCCAGUCUCUAUGGCAACGCACAUCAACAGCUAAAGAAGAACUCCAACCUUGCUGUUGCCUAUCAGAAAAUCUGCGAGUGCCCUGAGACUGAGCAUGUGAGUGACGCUGCCAGGGACCUAGAGAACAUCGGCAAAAACAGAAACAAGGACAUUCUUCCUGGAGACAAGCAUCGCGCUACUCUGUCAACACGCGAAGCAGGGGGGCACCGACUACAUCAAUGCAGUCAUCGCUCCGUUGUUGACUUCUGGCGUCUCGUCCACGACUAUGACGUCCGUGGCAUUGUCCUGCUGGAGAACUACACCGACAUGGACGCGAAGUGUGGCAUGUUCUGGGCCAAAGACAAAAAGCCGACCAAGUUUGGUCCCUUCAGCGUUAGUGAAGGGAAGAUUGAGGAACAUACCGGCUUUACUAUGGAGAAAAUCUGUUACAGCCAAGGGAACGUUGAAAGGGAGGUAACCGUGUUCCGUUCUCCCGCCUGGCCUAAGAAGAGUUCACUUCCGGAAUCGCCAUCUAGCCUCCUCAGCUUGAUUGACUUCCUCAGACAGUGGAACGCUGGUGCUCCUUCACCCCUUCUAGUUGUCUGCAGGGACGGAGCCACCAGAAGCGGUCUCUUCUGUGUUAUUGCCAGCGCAGUGCAGCGCCUGCUGUUGGAAAAGGAAGUCGCCCUCCAGCAGACGAUACGCAGCAUACGUUUUGUCCGGAAACAAGUUAUUCCCAACCUGGAACAAUUUGAAUUCUGCUAUGACUCUGUGAAGGCCUACAUGGACAGUUUCCAGGAAUACUCAAACUUUGCUUGAGAUGAAGUUUCAUUGAGUUAGUUCGCUAGGUGUUCUUUGUUGAGUUUUCUUUCUUUUUUUCACUUUGUUACAAUUCCAUUAUGUAUGUUUUCUAUUUUUUCGUUUCUUGAAAAUGUAUUUACAAAUCUUCGUUUCUUUUUAAUUCAGGUCGCCUGUGAGCAUUGUUCACAUGACCGACAAUAAAUGCGAUGUCAGUAGCAAUACAAAUGUGAAAUUCACAUGCAACUUUCCAGAUGGAUCUCAUUACUGUAAAUAUUUUGUGAGAGCAUCUUUCAAAGAACUGUUGUCAGUGUUAUCACAUAGCGAGGUGUAUGUUAACAUCGGGUGAACAAAGAACUGUUGUCAGUGUUAUCACAUAGCGAGGUGUAUGUUAACAUCGGGUGAACAAAGAACUGUUGUCAGUGUUAUCUCAUAGCGAGGUGUAUGUUAACAUCGGGUGAACAAAGAACUUGUCAGUGUUAUCACAUAGCGAGGUGUAUGAUAUAUCGAGGUGUAUGUUAUAACGAGGUGUAUCAUAUAGCGAGGUGUAUGUUAACAUCGGGGGAAAAUAGGAUCUGUAUUCCUAAAUAUCUCGCAAGGCUGAUAAACUUGCUAUUUUGAGAUAUUUUGAUUAUUACUUUUUGUUUUGUUUUAUUCAACAUGUAGUUUUUAAUACUUUUUCUUUUUAUGUUAUAUGUAGAUAAUAUGUUUAAACCUUUUAUAACAUUGCAGUUAACACUUCCUCAAAUAUUACGAAACUAAAACAUCUGACUGUUCUGGAAAGUGGACAUACAGAUGUCCCGUUUAUUUCUCCUGAUUUAAGAACAGUUUCUCCAUGUUAAUUGUUCUGUCCUUAGUGUGUGUGUCAAUUUAGAUUUCAUAUAUAUAUAACAAUAAAUACAAGCGACAAACCGUCAGUAAGUAUUACCCUCUAUGCAAGAAGUGAUUAUGUCGGCUUUGGGCUCCAGUAAAUGUAAGUGUAGAUCGCUCAGAGAAAUAUUCUGGGGAAAGUGAAUUAAAUCAUGUUGAAACAGAACGAUAUUGUUAAAUGAUCUAUCAUGAAUGUCACAUUUAAAUAGUAGGUAUGAAAUUUAUGUUUAAGAGCAUACCCCGUAACUGUCACCUUGUUAAUGACUUCUCUCCUGUUGAUCUCGGCAAGUUACUUGUAUGCUUCCGUAACUGUCACCUUGUUAAUGACAGCUCUCCUGUGGAUCUCGGCAAGUUAUCUGUAUGCUCCCGUAACAAAUACAAUUUAUGUACAAUGUUUAGAAUUGAGAAAUGCAUUGAGUUUGAUCUUUUGAAUCGAUUCGUUUUUAAGGUUUUUUUAAUUGCUUUUAAUAUAUUAUACUUGUUUAAUAUGUGAUAUCAUUAUGCUUCGUUU